ACCCGGGUCAAUAACUGCAGGCUCGCACCCACGCGAGAGUGGAAAAAGUGUCACCAAGCUACUGACGCGACUUUUUACUUCAUCGAGCUCACCAGUCGAACUGUUUUUGCGUUUCCGAUAAUACUAUGAACGCCUGUCCUCAAAGAAAAAGCUCCUACACCGGGUCGGGUCCGACCCAAGUGCUAGCAAGCCAGUCCAUUGAUCCGGCAAAGCUGUCAAAGGUCUUGGACCAAAGGUUUGGGCAGAAAAUGUACCGUGUGGAAAUGAGGCACAACAAAUUUUCAAUCUCCGCGAGGGGGCAUCUAUCUCAGGAGGAAAUAAACCAAUGCGUAUAUUGACAGUCUGGAAUGGGUCGAAUGUUUUAGCCCAGAGGCUAGUUUUGAUGCGCGGAGUUUGACACCUGUUAGAUAAAUAUCCUUGAUUGAUGACUUCACUUUCCAUUACUUCUCAUUCUUGGAACUUUGUCUUCUUACAAAAAGUGUCAUUUAUUUCUGCUCGCCCG